AUGGAUGAAGACAUGCCUUAUAUUGUAUUCGCAUUCUAUUAUAAAUCAUCGCCUUCUCUAUUACCAUUAUCAUCAUUUUCGGAUCACUUUAUUGAACCAGAUCUUAGCGAAACUUAUAGUCUUUUGGUAUAAUGAUUUACUUUUGUACUCUGGUCAAAAUAAAUCUAAUCUUUUUAGGAAUUUCGUAUAGAUCAUAGAUUGAUUGUUGCAACUAUCACCGAACGGAUUGAUCCAUUGUGAACAGUUUACCAAUUAAAGAUCGAAAAGCCAUCCAUUCUCGAUUAUAUUCCAAUUCUAUUCAUUCGAUUUGUAUUCCGGAAGUUUUUUGACUUUUUUCUGUGUCUUAAGAAUUUCUAUCCCGGAUGGUUCCUGCCAUCUAUAGUUAUCCUUAAAAAACGCAAGCCUGAUUGGGACGAAGAGUUUGAGAAUGAAAAGCUUAUGUAUCGUCGUCUUCAAUCCCUUCAAGGAAGAUUCAUAUCUUAUUUCUAUGGAGAAGCAAUAUACGGUAGUGUGCCUACUUUAGUACUUUCUGAAAUCAUCGGCCAGACAUUAGAUGAUCUUACAAUGAAACAUGGAGAUGAUAAGGAAUUCGAAAGAAAGCUAGAAGAGGUUUACAAAGCAUUAACUAUGUAUGGAGUAACUCAUGAAGAUCCAAAGUUGGAUAAUACUAUUGAUGUUGGAAAUUGUAUAAUGAUUUUUGAUUUGGAACAAUGUACGAUCGAGGAAAUGAAUUGGAAAGGAAGUACUAAUAAAGGAAGUGCGGGAUAUUUACUACGCAGGCUUCAAUCAAAUCGUCAGUGCGAAGAUGAGGAGAGGCAAAGAGAAGAGAAGAGAAGAGAUUGAAAGAAAAGACGGAAACAAAAGCGGAAAGAAAAAGGUAUAAUGGGAAAAGCCUGAUUUAUCACUC